AUGAGCAAGGUCCUGAAGGGGUUCCAGGAAAACUUCAGCAGGCAGAAUCAGAACAGUAAUGUUGCCAGUGGUUCUUCGCACCAGGCAACCCUGAAUAAUGAGCCCGGGCCUAUGGACGUUGAUGUCCAUCAUGAGUAUCUCGAUGUGGAUAUGGUACCACCUCCAAUGCCCCCUGCGCCUCCACCUAAAUCACCAACACCACCACCACAUCCCCCGACACCACCACCUCCCAUUGAACGGCCCAGAGGACUUCCUCCACGCGUUAUUAGAUUGCCACAGCGCUUCCGAGACGAGGUCCCACCCGAACCUCCUCUAAUUAUACCACCAGUCGUGGAGGAGGAACCACCUCAGCCUCAGGAACCUCCAUCUGUGGAGAGUCUGUAUCGAACACCAAUGAAUGGCUAUGGGAUAUUUCGAGAGUAUACCUAUGGUCCCCCUUCUAUUACUCCUGACGAACAUUUCACACUGUCAUCAGUGUCCGAUUCUCCAAAUAUUGCCAAAGACCCAGCCGACUCUUUGAGAAAGGCGUCAGAGGGAACACCAAUGGCCCUACCUUCGGAUUGGUCCUUGGAUUCUGAGCCAAAAGACGACAAGAGCUUGCUAUUCAAAAAUCGUUCUACUCAACUUAUCAUGUCUUGGUUUUACAACGGCCACGGUACUAAAUCCUACGCUGAUACCGACAAAUUGAUUCACCAAGUCGUACUGGACCCGGAUUUUGACCCCAAGGACUUUGAUUCCUCCUUUUCUACUGCUCGAGAGGCAGCGCGUCUGGACGAAAUCUCCACCCAAAAAAAUUCUACAGAUCCUACUUUGUCAGAAGUGUGUCGACCGGAAGCUGGGUGGAUCAAGGGCAGCUUUUCAAUACCAGUGCCAUGCGACGGUUUCAUAUUCGAUUCGGAAGAGGAGGCUCCUCAAUUUGUUGUUGAAAACGUCAUGUAUCGAAAACCUCUAGAAGUUAUCAAACAGGCCUUUGCAGAAUGCACCUCUGAGACGUAUACGACCAUACCGUACAGAGAAUUUUGGCGUCCCUCACCCGACGAACCACCCGAACGCUUAUUCUCAGAGUCCUACGUGGCGGACAUUUUCAAUGAAGAGUAUGAAAAGAUCAAGUCAGAGCCACGCACAGGUCCCCACAGACACCUGGAGCCCUUUGUCGUUGGUAUCGGGAUUUUUUCAGAUUCUACCCACCUGACCAGUUUUGGCGAUGCUUCUAUAUGGCCGAUCCUUAUGUAUAUCCUCAACCAGUCAAAAUACACCAGAGGGAAACCUAAAGAAUUUGCUGCGCACCAUAUUGCGUAUAUCCCUAAACUCACAGACACUUUUCAAGAUUGGCAUCAGCGACAGUUUGGCAAAGCUGCGACAUCUGAAAUGCUCACCCAUAUGAGACGCGAGGUCAAUACUGGCGUCUGGGGGCUAUUACUUGAUGAGGAUGUCAAACGAGCGUAUGCUGAAGGAGAGGCCGUAGAACUGGCCGACAGAGUAUGUCGAGCUAUGUAUCUCCGUUUUAUUUUUAGUUCAAAUGACUACCCCGAAAAAAUGCUGCAGUCCUGCUGCAAGUGUCGCGGCACUUGCUUGUGUCCACGUUGUUUAAUUCAAACUAUGAAUGUCCCAAAGGUUGGAUCAAAGAUGGAUAUGCGAAACCGGCUCAAGCUAGCUCGCGUUGACAGCGAAACUCGUCAAUUUGACAUCGAAACUGCCCGUAAAGCAUUGUUCUUGGGGAAAAAGGUUAACAGCAAGGCGGUUAAUGGCUUGCUGCAACAGACCUCUGCUUUUCCAACUCGGAACGCUUUUUCCAAGGCUUUAUUUGAAUAUGGCUUCAACUUUUAUCGGAUGUUUACUGUCGACUUCAUGCACGAAGUGGAACUGGGUGUCUGGAAGGCCCUAUUUAGUCACCUACUCCGGAUUCUUUAUACCUCUAGCAACCAGAACGCCAUUGCAACUCUGAACGAAAGAUACCGCCAAGUCUCCCCUUUCGGCCUCACAACUAUCCGACGUUUUGCUAGGAAUGCUUCAGAUAUGAAGAAACUGGCAGCACGGGAUUUUGAAGAUCUCCUUCAGUGCUCUAUACCAGUCUUUGAGGGCUUGUUGCCAGAACCUGCACACAAUAAAAUUAUUCAAAACCUCUUGUUUGAAAUGGCGACAUGGCACGCCCUAGCCAAGCUUCGACUUCACACCGAUACCACUCUGGACGAGUUGGGGAAUUCGUGUACUCGGUUAUGUGAUCUCCUUCGUCAGUUCCAAAAGGAGGUUUGUAGUCAGUACGCCACUCGCGAGCUUCCAUCAGAAACAGCCGCGAGAGGAAGAAGACAGGCAGCCAAGGCCAAAAAGGCAGCGAGUGCGGGUCUGCCAGUACCCUCCGACUCAACCCAAUGA